AUGGUCGCACUUUUUUUCCGUGUUUCCAAGCCUCUCGACGGCAAUUGCAACCCAGCAAAUCGACGUGAACGGGAGGGCUUGUACGAUACAGAACUCCUGAUUGUCACACAAGCGGGUCCAGUGUCGACGACUCAGGAUAGCGUCAUGGAUGAAUUCCGGGCGGGAGUCACGGCCAUUCUGCGGUCCUGGUCAGCCUUGCGGACCGCUGUCGAAGCCGGAUGGGGUGGCGUCGAGUCCGUUGCCAAGGCCGAUGAUCUGCGACGAAUUCUUUACGAGUACUUCGACGGCGUUAAUUUUCCGCCAAAGAAAAUCACGCAAGAAGAUUUGGAAGACUGCUUGGCUAUUUACAUGGAAGAAGAAUUUUCUAUUGUUCUGGAAGACAACUCGGAGCGUCAAAUCGCCGAGACGAUCUGGAGAUUGUACGAAGCCGCGAGUAAAGGUGACAGCUCGCUGGCGAGUCAGGUCGUGGCGGCAUCCAAUGCGAGUUUGGCGCAGGUACAGACUAUGGAAGAAGACGAUGAUGACGACGACGACGAACCGGCCAUGUUGGACACUGACGAUUCGACGCCUGUCCCGGCGAGUACAUCUCCAGGUGUGAGCGCAGUGGAAUACAGUAACGAAUCCGUUUUUGGAAAGCCAAUUCAGAAAAAGAUCCCAAAACUUGACGGACCACUGAGGCAGCUCGGCGAGGUACCAACCGAGCAGGCUUCUCCUGUACAAAUUGAUGAAGAUGGGUUUGCGCCG